UUUUCUUCUCAAGAGUUGCAGAGACUUUCCCUAAUACUUUUUUAGCUACAAACUUUUCUUCUGAAGAAUAUCUAAUAUUCUUAAAGAUCUGUUGCAGAGAGUUCCCUUUAUCAAUCCCUUGUUACCUACAAGAAAAGAAAAAAAUACAUGGCCGGUUUUGUUGGAGAAGCCGUUUUGUCUGGGUUCAUUCAGAAGUUGGUCGACAUGGUCGCCUCGCCGGAGCUGUGGAAGUACGCACGUGAAGAGCAAGUGGAUUCUGAACUGAACGAGUGGAAGAAAAUAUUGAUGAAGAUCUACGCAGUGCUCCAUGACGCGGAGGACAAGCAGAUGACAAACCCCCUGGUGAAGAUGUGGCUACACGACCUCAGAGACUUGGCUUAUGAUGUAGAGGACAUCUUGGACGAAUCCGUCAGCCAAGCUUUGCGACGCAACUUGAUCGUGGCUCAACCCCAACCGCCCACUGGUACUGUUCGGAGCAUUUUCUCUUCUCUGUCUACUAGUCUCACUUUGAGUGCUGCUUGGUCCAAUUUAAGUAUGGGUUCCAAGAUAGAGGAGAUCACUGCCAGAUUGCAAGAUAUUUCAGCCCAAAAAAAGCACCUGGAUUUAAGAGAUGUUUUUGCUGGUUGGUCUGGUAGAAAGAGACUACGGAGACUGCCAUCCACUUCUUUGGUGAUUGAAUCUUGUAUUUACGGCAGGGAAACAGAAAAGGCUGCCAUACUUGCCAUGCUGCUCAAGGAUGAUCCAAGUGAUGAUGAAGUUUGCGUGAUCCCUAUCGUCGGCAUGGGAGAACCUUGGUACUUCUUCUUCAUGGAAUCCCAAAUAUGUUUUGAAGUGUCUUUACAAAGAAUGGUUUCCAAGAUUGAGCGAUCAAUUGCUUGGAAAAGAUAAUUCUUUGCCUUGAGAUCUUUCAACCGCUGCCCGUCUAGCUCCGUUCUUUGUGCUUGUGUCAUUGUCGCACUAUCUGUUGGUUCCGUAAUUCCUUCAAAGACGACAUGCCAAUACUCCUUAGAUCUUAGAAAGUUCUCCAUUAACAUGUUCCAAUGAUCAUAAUGACCAUCAAAACGUGGAAUGGCUGGCUGCACAAAAGUUUCAGAGGUCAUUGUUCUCUUCUACUGCUGCUGCAAAAACAAGAGACUAGGUGAAAUAAAAAUGAAGUUGCUGUUGUACGACUCUAUCUCACACACGAGCUUGAAGCUAAACAAAGAUCACGGAGGAAAAAAGGUGGACAGCAUAAUCUAUAAGCAAAUUGUGGGUAGUUUGAUGUAUUUAACUGCAACAAGACCAGACAUAAUGCACUCAGUGAGUCUAAUUAGCAGAUAUAUGGAGAAUCCAACAGAGUUGCAUUUUUUAGCUGCCAAGAAAAUCUGUCGUUACUUGCAAGGAACUAAAGAUUUUGGGUUGUUUUACAAGAAGGGUAAAAGGUCAGAUUUGAUUGGGUUUACUGACAGCGAUUAUGCAGGAGAUCAAGAUAAUAGGAGGAGCACUUCGGGUUAUGUUUUUAUGCUGGGCACAGGAGCUGUUUCGUGGUCAUCUAAGAAGCAACCGAUUGUCACUCUGUCCACCACUGAAGCUGAAUUUGUUGCAGCAACAGUUUGUGCUUGUCAAGCUAUCUGGCUAAGGAAAAUUCUUGAAGAGCUCCAUCUCAAGCAAGUGGGAGCUACUACAAUUUUUUGUGACAACAGCUCAACCAUCAAACUCUCCAAAAAUCCCGUGCUACAUGGAAGAAGCAAGCAUAUUGACGUGAAGUAUUAUUUUUUAAGAGAUCUCAGCAAUGAUGGAGUUAUUGAUCUUGUCUACUGCAGAAGUGAAAACCAAGUUGCUGAUAUUUUUACUAAACCCCUUAAAUUGGCUGUCUUCUUGGAGCUGAGGAAGUUACUUGGAGUUUCCACUCUAGAAUAUUCAAUUUGAGGGAGAAUUCUGCGUAUUUUGUUUAAGGGAGAGUUUGUUGAGAAAAAGUUGUUUGCUAGCUUUUGUCCUAGUCUUUUGGGAACUUGUUGUGUUCAACAAGUUAGUUUUUUAUUUUCCUAAUCUGUAGGUGUUAGUUUUGGCACGAUAUGUAGUGCCUAUUUUCUUGCUUUUAUUUGUUAUAUAUAAGCCUAUAUAAAGGCAGUUCUUUUUGUUGAAUAAGAUAGACGAUUAAUAUUUA